CUUUAUUUUAACAACACCCUGAAUCUGGGAUGGCCCAAAGUCAAUUCUGCAUACCCACAACGUCAAAAUUGCCGAGCAGAAAACAGCGCCAAACGACAGUCCGCUUGAUGGGUGUGUUGAUGUGAGAUAGAUUGGGAAGAAGGAGACAACACACACAAGAGGGGGGAGCGGGCAGAAGGAUGGAGGACCCACUGGGCAAGCUGAUGCCGAGCGAGGUGGAGUUUAUUGCAGAGGAUGCGCCAAUCACCAUCACCCCAAACUUCCAAGCUGGCGUCUUCUUGUUCCUCAAGGAGCGGGUUGGCCCAUUCAAGCCUCAACGGCCCAUGGAAGUGCCCAUGUGGCUGGCCGUAUCUCUCAGACGGCGUGACAAAUGUGUCAUCCAUGUCCCAGAAUGGCUUUCCGUCGAUGCCCUCACCACCAAGCUAGAGGAGGAGAAAAUGCAGCAGAAACAGUUUGUACACAUGCCAGCCCACUUUCAAGAAAUAAGCAGCAUCCUCUUUGAUGUUGCGUCGCAAGACGUGCCCAACAGCGAGGAGUGUCGGCAGUUGAUCCAGGCGAUUGUGGAUGUGCGCACGGCCAAGAUACGGCAGGGCGGGCUGGACGACAUGAAGGAUUCCCUGGCCAUUCAGCUCAACAACGUCACGCAGAUGGAGAUCACCUCCAUCCGGCAAUUUGCAUGCCACGCCAUGGACGCCUUUAACAGACUCAGCAGCGUUUAGUAUAGUGUGUGUCUCGCGCAUGAUUUUUUUCUUUGUGUGUGUGUGUGAUCAAGUGCUGACUUGUGCGCUGACAUGUUGCGAUGCCAGCUAACUUGUGUCUGUUACUUCCACUAAUGUUAGUCGCCCUGCCUUCCUCCUGUAUCUCUCUAAUAAACAAACAACACACAACAGACCAAGCGCGGAGCACACACGCUCUCUCACUCUCUCUCUCUCUCGAUCAC